AUGGACGCUAUUAAGGGAAAGAUUGCUGCCUUGAAGGACGAGGCCCAUACCGCCACUGUCCGUGCAGAGGAGUCUGAGAAUGCUCUGCGUGAAGCACAGGCCAUUGCCACCACUGCCGAGAAUGAGGCGCACACACUGCGCAACAAGGUGGCUCUAUUAGAAGGCGACCUAGAGCGAGCUGAGGAGAAGGUCGAGGAAUUGUCUGAGAGGGCCAAGGACUCGGAGAAGCGUCUGGAAGAGUCCGAGCGCUUGUUACGCAACGGCGGCAAUGGCGACAAGGCCAUUGACAGAGUGGACGAGCUUGAGACUGAG